AGAGAGAAAUGCAGGUCUUCUCCUCUUGCCCCAAAUCUCAGUUUCUUCUCUUUUCUCCAUCUCUGAGCUCUGAUUCCUCCUCCAAAUUCAAUUGCAGGAUUGCAAUCAAAUACAUUCGAUCCUCUUCAAGAGAGUCGUUUCCAGCUCUCGAAGAAAAGCGCUUGAAUGCUGAAUCACCAGACGACAAAGAAAUCAAUAAAGAAAGCGAAAGACGGAGAACUAGAUCCGUCAAAGAAUCUCCGGAGGGGUUUCUUGUGGUUCGUAAACCUACGGUGGAGUCCUCUGGAGAAGAAACCGAUGCUUAUUCUACUGUUGAGGGAGCUGAGGCAGAUGAACAAGAAAGAUCGUCUUCCUCACUUAUUGAUGUUGGACUUUCUGAAUUAGCUAAAAAACUUCCAAUGUUUGAGCCAAAGAGUGUUGAAUUGAGUCCUGAGGUGAAGCCACUUGGUGUGAAUUUGGAACUGGCAUUGUACCGAGCGAAGGUUUUGGCCAGGAAAUAUCAGUUUGAAGAAGCAGAGAGAAUCCUCCGGCAGUGUAUAAAGUUCUGGCCAGAAGAUGGACGACCGUAUGUAGCCCUAGGGAAGGUUUUAACUAAGCAGUCGAAAUAUGCUGAAGCUAGAACAAUUUAUGAAAGAGGUUGCCAGGCUACCCAAGGAGAAAAUCCAUACAUCUGGCAGUGUAGGGCUGUUAUGGAAAAUAAAAUGGGAAACAGAAGGCGAGCAAGAGAGUUAUUUGAUGCUGCUACUGUUGCGGAUAAGAGACAUGUUGCAGCUUGGCAUGGAUGGGCAGUUCUGGAGCUAAAGGAAGGAAAUAUCAAGAAAGCUAGGCAUCUUCUUGGUAAAGGUCUCAAAUAUUGUGGUGGAAACGAGUACAUAUACCAGACGCUUGCACUACUUGAAGCUAAAGCUAAUCGGAUCGAGCAGGCUAGGUAUUUGUUCAGGCGGGCCACUACGUGUAGUCCCAAAAGCUGUGCCAGUUGGCUUGCAUGGGCACAAUUAGAGAUGCAGCAGGAGAAUGACCUUGCUGCUAGAAAACUAUUUCAGGAAGCAGUCCAGGCUAGUCCCAAAAAUAGGUUUGCAUGGCAUGUAUGGGGAGUUUUUGAGGCUAAUCUGGGCAACAUAGAUAAAGGAAGAAAACUUCUACAGAUAGGCCAUGCACUGAAUCCAAGAGAUCCUGUUCUUCUACAAUCUCUUGCUUUAUUGGAGUACAAGCAUUCAUCUGCAAAUCUUGCUCGAGUAUUAUUCAGGAGAGCAUCUGAACUGGAUCCAGCACAUCAACCAGUGUGGAUUGCUUGGGGGUGGAUGGAGUGGAAGGAAGGAAACCUAGGCACAGCAAGGGACCUAUACCAAAGAGCAUUAUCAAUUAACUCAACAAGUGAAAGUGCCGCCCGUUGCCUUCACGCAUGGGGUGUUCUAGAACAGAGAAUUGGCAAUCUAGCAGCAGCCCGGAGGUUAUUUAGGUCCUCACUCAACAUUAAUUCUCAGAGUUAUGUAACAUGGAUGACAUGUGCAUCUCUGGAGGAGGAGCAAGGGAAUUUUGUGCGUGCUGAGGAAAUUCGGAACCUCUAUUUCCAACAGCGUAUAGAAGUUGUUGAUGAUGCUUCAUGGGUUAUGGGGUUCCUAGACAUCAUUGAUCCAGCUCUCGACAGUAUUAAAAAACUACUGAAUUUGGAGAACUCAGAUUUUAAGGGGAAAGAUUCUUUGAAAAACAUUACAGGAACUAACAGAGAUAGUGCCAACGAAGGAUCAUCAGACCCUUCCUCUAAUCGUAAUACUGAGGAAACUGGAGAAGAAGAACCGGGUCUCACUUCAAGCAGUUUUGAUUUGGAUACUUUUAUUAGUGAAAAAUUGCUUCUUGAUGCAUCAAAACUGGCUGUUCAGAUGGAAUCAUCAGCAAUAUCUGCGUCUAAGAAUGUUAGAUAUUCCAGGAGGGCAUUGAGAUUGGAAAACAGAACUUCUUGACUACACGGUGUAUUGAGUAGUUGCUAAAUUUCUAUUGGAAUGAAGAGAAGAUCUAAAAGUGAGCAGAAAAGUCAUAUCAUCAUCAUCCAAGCAUUAUCACUGGUGUUGAGAAUGCCACAUAAAUUUGCUCGACUUGCAUUGUCAGGACUAAACCUGAAAUCAACAAGCAGUGAUGGCUCAACAGCAGAGGUCAAAUCUUUCUAUUUGAUUCUUGACUGGACAUGUUAUCAUAAUUUGGAGGAAAUUCCAGUGCAUUGAAAUGAGAGAAAGAACUUGGUGAGUACACUUUAGACUUGUAACUGCUUGUUUUGCAUCCAUUUCAGAUGCUGGCAAGACGAUCAUGAUGGACUGAGUCAGCAAAGGGUUGUAAUCCGUUGUAUAAGCAUCAACAGGAUGAAUGGUUUUUAAUUUACAGUACAUACUCA